CGCGAAAAGAGGCGAACAUCAGAAAAGCGCGCUCUGUUUCAACAACAGUUGCGUUGCAUGGCUUUCGCCCACUUCUCCGCAAAUCAGGAUUUCCUUUCGGCUUGCGACGCAUUGCUACAACGACUCGGAGCCCUUUUUGAGACCGCGAAAAGCUGCUCUGUCGGGCCGCUUCCUUGACGCCGCGGAUGGCGGUAAGUCACCGCAGGAGAAGGGCUGGCUCAAAAAGAUUACUG